UUAUAACUUACCGAAGAAAUUAGAGAGUGGUAUUGAAAUAGAGAUUAAGAAAUUAAUGGAUAAUGAUUAUAUUCAAGAUUCGGAAUCGACAUGGGUAAAUAAUUUACGACCCGUGGUGAAGCCGGAUGGAAUAAUAAGGAUUACAACCAACUUAGUAUCAUUAAACAAAUUUGUAGAACAAGAUAAAUGCACCCUAUCAAGAAUUGAUGAGACAUUGUGCAACUUAAGUAAAAAGGUGGUGUUUUCAAAGAUAGAUCUUAAAGAUGGGCUCUUCCAAAUUCCUUUGGCUGAAAAGGAUAGGCACAAAACCGCAUUUAGGUACAAACAUAAAUUAUAUGAAUGA